ACGAACCACCUGAAUAUGAGCGAGAAAGUAAUGAUGACCAAGAAGAUUAUGAACAAAACAGCGAUUUUGAUGACGAAAAUAACGUGUAUUACGAAGAGGACGAAAGUUACUCUGAAAAAGAUGUAGAAUAUGAAUCGGCAUCGGUAUUACUUGAUGAUGAACCUAUUUCACAUCCUCUUCCACCCCCUCUUGUUCCAACUCCACUAUCUCCAAAACGCUUCGAUCGCGGUUAUCACCUUCUCACUAUAAAUGUGGAGCUCUCUGAAGACGAGCCUCCUCAAGCCAUUGUUGUUUACGUGAAUGAUAAUCCUGCGGUUUUGGCUAAAGAAUUCUGUAACAAGUGGAAAGUUACUAAUGAUGACAUUGAACCGGCAUUAAUUCAAUUAAUUAGAGAAGAAAAAGAAAAACGUCUUGGAUAA